AUGACAAUAUCUACUUUCGAUCACGUUACAGGGCGACUUAGACGGAUUGCGCGUCAUCUCGCCUUCCCAAAUUUUCUCCUUUUGCAGCACGAAUCCAAAACAUCUAUCUAUAGUAGGCAAAGGAGUACAGAGGGAAAGAUGUUUAACUCGGUAAAUUUGAGCAACUUCUGCUCCCAAACACGUAAAGACCGGACAUCUGAGUUCGGGGACAGGACGGGCUGUGCCUCCAAUAUCUACCUCCCCAGCUGCACUUACUACGUCCCAGAAUUUUCUACCGUUUCUUCGUUUCUUCCGCAAGGGCCUUCGCGGCAAAUUACAUACCCCUACACGACAAAUUUGUCUCAAGUGCAACCGGUACGAGAUGUUUCGUACGGCCUGGAUCCUUCCAGCAAGUGGCACCACAGAACUAACUACACGACGUGCUACUCCGGAGAGGAUCUGGUGCACAGGGACUGUCUUCCGCCAUCCACCAUGACAGAAAUGCUCAUGAAAAACGAAAGCGUGUACAGCCACCACCACCAUCACCACCAUCCUAGCUCUAACCACCCAUCAACUGGUUUCUAUUCCAGCGUCGGGAAAAACAACGUGCUGCCUCAAGGUUUUGAUCGCUUUUUUGAAACGGCGUAUUGUGGCAAUGACAAUCAGUCAGACCAUUGUUUACAAAAGAGCGAAACGACUAAACUCGAGAGCACGUCCCAGCAGCCCAGCGCUGUUUCGGGGGUGGAAGAGCCAGAAAAGGACGCCGAGGACGAAGAAGACCGAACAAAUUCGGGCUCGUGUAGCUCCUCAGGCACAAAGGAGGGAAACGCAGGCAAAAUCAACCAUUCGAGUGCCCCCCGCACGAGGAAGAAGAGAUGUCCAUACUCCAAGUUUCAGAUUCGUGAACUGGAACGAGAGUUUUUCUUUAACGUUUACAUCAACAAGGAGAAAAGGCUGCAGCUCUCCAGAAUGCUAAACCUUACUGACAGACAAGUGAAAAUAUGGUUUCAAAAUCGCAGAAUGAAAGAAAAAAAAUUAAGCAGAGACCGCUUGCAGUAUUUCUCUGGGAACCCAUUGUUGUAAACUAUGGACUUAUUUAGUAGGCCAAGGUUGAUUUUACUUGAUAUUCCCGAAAACUUUGGAUGUUCCAUCAUUCUAUGAUCUAUUCAUCAUGUAUCCCAAUGAAGCUAACAUUACUGAAUAAAUUCGCAUGGAUUUUUGUACAACAGCAAAAGACGACAUGAAACGAUAAAUAUUGAGCUUUAAAUUCAAGGAUUUGUAGUUAAAUUCAAGUUUAGAUUCACUUUUCACAAAGUUUUUUUCAAGAAAAAUAACAGGCUACACUGAAAUCUUUGUAGAUAGCUUAUUCACAACACACAUUUAAUGACUAGUUACUGUAAAUAUAUAACAAAUCAAAGUCGAACUGAAGU